GCAUACAGACAAAACAGGGAGAAGGGAUAAAAGAAAAAUAGCGACUGAAAUGAUUUUUCCCAAACGCCACAACCAAUUAAAAAACACCCCAUUAUUAUUUUCUCCUCAUAUAUUUAAAUGGUGGGUCCCAUUUCAACAGUUUAAUUCGGCCGCCAGCUUUGUCGUCUCUUUCGUCUCCGUCCAUCCCCGUCGUUCCUUUGCGUUUGACUCUCUUCCUCCUUCUUCAUUCUCUCCCUUCUCUCUCUCUUCUCUUUCUCUCUUCACCACUCUCCUUCUCAUCGUUCUUUUCCUCUUCCUCUUAUUCUGAUCUCUCUGCCUUCCUCACUCUGUUUUCUCUCUUUUCCCACACUUCAAACUCUCCUUUUCUUUCUUUAACCGACAAAUCAAUCCAAAGGGAGCCAUAACCCGUUACUCGUUACCCACCACCGUUUGUUCUUUCUUUUUUUGCCCAAGUCGAUUCGGUUUUAGCGUCUUCGGUGUAGUGGUAAGGGAGGUGAAAACAGAGAUGACUGGCACUGAUGAAGUCAACCUCAGUGAAUCUAAGAGUGUUGUUCCACUCAAUACUUGGGUGCUUAUCUCCAAUUUCAAGCUUGCUUACAAUCUACUAAGACGUUCUGAUGGAACGUUCAAUCGAGAGUUGGCGGAAUUCCUCGACCGCAAGGUCCCGGCCAACGCAAUUCCUGUUGAUGGGGUAUUCUCUUUUGAUCAUGUUGAUAGAAACACCGGUCUAUUCAAUAGGGUGUAUCAAGUAGCUCCUCAAAAGGAGACUAGGUGCAACAUAAUAGAGCUGGAGAAGCCCCUGAGCACCACAGAGAUCAUUCCUGUUAUAAUUUUCUUCCAUGGUGGAAGCUUCUCUCAUUCAUCUGCUAACAGUGCUAUCUAUGACACUUUCUGCCGCCGCCUUGUGAGCCUUUGCAAGGCUGUGGUGGUUUCUGUAAACUACAGGCGAUCGCCAGAGCACCGUUAUCCAUGUGCCUAUGAUGAUGGCUGGGCAGCCCUCAAGUGGGUUAAGUCCAGGAAGUGGCUUCAGUGUGGAAAGGAUUCCAAGGUUCAUGUGUACUUGGCGGGCGAUAGUUCUGGUGGUAACAUUGCUCAUCAUGUGGCUGUGAGAGCUGCUGAAGAAGAUAUUGAAGUGCUAGGCAAUAUUCUUCUCCACCCACUGUUUGGUGGGGAGAAGCGAACUGAGUCAGAGAAGAAACUGGAUGGAAAGUACUUUGUGAGGCUGCAAGACCGUGAUUGGUAUUGGAGAGCUUUUCUUCCAGAAGGAGCAGAUAGAGAUCAUCCAGCUUGUAACCCCUUUGGUCCCAAGGGUAAAAAUCUUGCAGGUCUCAAGUUGCCCAAAAGUCUUGUUUGUGUGGCUGGUUUGGAUCUUCUCCAAGAUUGGCAAUUGGAAUAUGUGGAAGGUCUGAAGAAUUGUGACCAAGAUGUCAAACUUCUUUACCUUAAGGAGGCAACUAUCGGUUUCUACUUCUUGCCAAAUAAUGAUCAUUUCUAUAUCCUCAUGGAGGAGAUAAAGAACUUCGUCAAUUCUAACUGUUAAUAUACUACUUAACCUUACUUACAGGAUCCCAUACAUAACUAAAAGCCUGACAUUUCAGCUGGGUAAUCUCUCUUUUUUUUUUCUAUUUUUGUAUCUUAUCUUUUUCUCUUUCCCUACUUUAUAGUGGUGGUGUGUAGUUAUUAUAUAGUUAUGUAGUGUUACUCACUGUCAUAACAUCAUGGUGGUAAAUCUGAGCUUUGUGUGACUGGUAGACUACUGCGUCAUGUUAUCUGCUCUUGUCGUCUGAAGGGUAGCAUAAAUCAGUCUCGGCAGAUUGAAGUGGCAGAGUUCAGUUCAUUAGUGGUGUUGGGCUGAAUCUCAAACGAACCCUAUUUGACUUUUUCAACCUCUAUAGGAUAUUGCUUGGUUGAUCACUUUGGUUCAGUGGAUGCAUUUGAUUUUUGUUGUAUAACAUAUUGAAUGGGAACUGGAGGAAAUCCCAUCCUGUUAUGAACUUGUAUGUUAUAUAAAUGUAAUGCUUGUUUUAAGUUA